AUGAGCGCACAGGAGGCACUUCUGGACCCCUUGCUGAAACGCUACGACGUGGUGGUGGUGGACGAGGCCCAUGAGCGCACAGUGAAUACGGACGUGCUGCUAGGGCUGCUGCAGCAGGUGCAGGCCCGCCGACAUGCGCUCGCCACAGGGGAAGCGAUAGCAGGGGCUGGUGGGCAGGGGCAGAAGGGGAAGGUGGUGGGCGGUGGGAGGGAGGCAAAGGAUGGGGGCAUGGAGGGGCGGAAGGGGAAGAAGAGGCGGAGGGUAGAGGAGGGCAGGGAGGGCGGGGCAGACAGAGAGGCAGACGGGCAAAUCGAAGAGGCAGCCACACACACAGGCGCAGGCACAGGCAUAGUCGCAGGUGCAAGCGCAAGGGCAGGCACAGGCACAGGGUCAAGCGAGGGCGAGUUGAAGCUAAUAGUCAUGUCGGCCACCCUGGAGUCGCGCAAGUUCCUCGACUUCUUCCCCGGCGCCCACGCAGUGUACAUCCGCGGCAGGCAGCACCCCGUGCAGGUGCUCUACACUCCCGCCCCCGAGCCUGACUUCCUCGACGCGGCGCUGGUAACCGUGUUACAGAUACACACGGAUCACCCUAUAGAGGGCGCAGCUCCAGGGCAGGCGGGGGAUAUUCUCGUGUUCCUCACGGGGCAGGAGGAUAUAGAGGCCAUGGCCAGGCUGCUGCAGGAACGUGCGGCGAAGCUUCCUCCCGGCACGCCGCCGCUGGCGGUGGCGCCCAUUUAUGCGGCGCUGCCAGCGGAGCAGCAGAUGAACGUGUUCCGCCCCGCCCCCGCUGGCGUUCACCUUUCGACUGCUUCCACCACUCUGCUGGUUCCCCCACCCAGCAUCGCACACUCCUGUCCACACCAGGCGUGUGGUGUGAAAUGGAAGCAAGCCUUCCUCCUCUCCCUCUCUCUUUCCCCCCGCUCCAAUCCCCUCCCUCUGCCUGCACCCAACCUCCCCCACCCUCUGCAUGCCGCUCGCUCCUCUCCCCCAGGUCGUUCUAGCAACCAACAUCGCCGAGACGUCAGUGACGAUCCCAGGAAUCCGCUUCGUGGUGGAUGCAGGGCUGGUGAAGGCGCGCGCGUUCAACUGCCGCACGGGCGUGGACUCGCUGGUGGUCGUGCCCGUGUCCAAGGCACAGGCCCGCCAGAGAAGGUGCGUGGUGAAGGGGGUAUGGGCGCACACAGGAGGUCGGGGGUUGGGAGGCAUGGUUGCAGAGAGGAGGUAAGGGCCAUGCAGUGCAGGCAGGCAGUGACUACCCGUGGACUCACUGGUGGUCGUGCCCGUGUCCAAGGCACAGGCUCGACAGAGGAGGUGUGCCAUGGGGGUGUGGGUGUGGGGGGAGAUGCGGGGGCCGUGCGUGGGCGGAGGGAGGGGCAGCGAAUAUGGAUUGGAAGAGAAGGUGGUGGCCGAGCGGGCAGGGAGGCGCCGGGCAAGUGUUAUCGGCUGUACACAGAAGCCACGUUCGAGGCGUUGCCAGAGGCGCCCGUGCCGGAGAUGCUGCGCUGCAACCUCGCCUCUGUGGUGCUGCAACUCAUCGCCCUCGGCGUCAAGGACCUGCUCUCCUUCCCCUUCCUCGACCCACCACCACAGGCGGCCAUACUGCGGGCCCUGGAGCAUUUGUUCUCGCUGGGAGCGCUGACACCAGAGGGGAGCCUGUCGCCACAGGGGAAACACAUGGCCCGCUUCCCCCUCGACCCUGUCUUUGCCAAGGCCAUACUGGAGGCGUACCGCCUGGGGACAGCAGGGGUGGCGGACGACAUGGUGGCAGCAGUGGCCAUGCUCUCUGUGGACUCACCCUUCCACACGCCCUCACAUGCUGCUGCUGAGGCUCAUGCUGCCCGGAAGAGAUUUUUCUGCCCGGACGGCGACCAUCUCACUCUGGUGAACGUGCUGCGAGGCUAUCUGGCAGCGGGCAGCGAACACACUGAGGCUGAUGACAUGACACGUGAUGGGAGCAACAACGGCGGGAGUGGUGGUGGUGGGGUUCAGGGGUUUGGGCGGCAGGCAAAGGCGAAGGAGGGGAGGGUGCGGGCAUGGUGCAAGGCACACUACCUCAAUGAGCGCUCACUCAAGAAAGCAGCCGAUGUUUACCGGCAACUGCAAGCGUACUGUCACGGCCUCUCUCUACCUGUUGUCUCCAACUCGACUCUACCUCCGUCGUCAUCAGGACUUGCAGCCACGGGCACCGCAGCAGCAGCAGCAGCGCAGCAGAGGGACGAGUCAGUUGCGUUUCGCCGGGCGCUGACAGCAGCCUUCUUUGCCAACGCUGCCAAGAAGCAAGCUGACGGCACGUACAG